UGCUUCGAAUUAUGAAUUUUUUUAUAAUUUUUUAAUUUUUCAAUUUUUUAAUUCUUGCAAAUCAGAUUUUUCUUAAAUCAUUUUGAUUAAAAUUAUUACUUCUAACAGGUGAAAAACUUUCACAAAAGUUCAUAAUUUUGUAUACGAAAGGAGUGUGUGUACGCAAUUUAGAGAUUUUUAGAUAUUUUCGAUAUUUAAAUGGGAGCUAAUUAUUUGUACUUAUUGUAAAAAUAUAGAGAAUAAUUACAUUGUUUUCAUUAUAGCAAUAAUUUAUGUUGAUAUAGUGCAGUGUGCAUAUGAAGUUAUCUAUUAGUUUUUCCAGUGAAGAUUUCAAGUUUUUAUUUGCUUAUUAAAACAAAACAAAAUAAUUGGUAUUUUAUGGGAAAAUGUCAUGUGAAGAGGUUCAAGGGUCAUUAAAAGAGGCUUUAUAUGAUACCCUGGGUGAUAUUUUGUCUAGUGAACAAAAUAUAAGACAUAUAGCAGAGCAACGUCUAGUAGCUUUAGAAGUCACAGAGGAAUUUGGAAUUCAUCUUACUGAAUUUAUUACUGAUUCUAAUGGGCCUGUAGCUAUAAGACAAUUGGCAUCUGUUUUGUUAAAACAAUAUGUUGAAUAUCAUUGGAGCUCUUCAGCUGAGAAAUUUCGACCUCCGGAAUUAAAACUUCAUGUCAAGGAUAAAAUUAAAACUUUGCUACCACUUGGUUUACAUGAAACUAUAAGUAAAGUUAGAACUGCUGUAGCAUAUACAAUAUCACGGAUAGCUCAUUGGGAAUGGCCAGAAAAUUGGCCUGGACUGUUUGAUAUUCUUGUCAAUUGUUUAAGUGGAGAAAAUGAACAUGCAAUUCAAGGAGCAAUGCGAGUCUUGUCUGAAUUCACAAGAGAUUUGACUGAUACAAAUUUACCUAAUGUUGGACCAAUUAUUUUACAAGAAAUGUAUAGAAUUAUACAAAUUAACACGAAAUAUUCUAUUCGAACUCGAGGAAGAGCUGUUGAGAUAUUCACAACUAUUGCGAGCUUAGUUGCUGAAACUGGGGUUUUCAAUAGAGGAGCUAUCGAACAACAUUUAUUACCAAUAAUACCCAUGUUCUGUGAAAACUUUGUUCAGUACUUGAAUCUACCAAGUAGCCCGAACAUUUGUGACAAUGGUCUCAAGACGGAAAUAAUUAAAUCAAUUAAUUGUUUGUCCUUAAAACUUUCCAAGUAUAUGACAUCAUUUUUACCACAAAUCUUGCCAUCCAUAUGGAUAACAUUAACGCAAAGUGCUAAAAUAUAUCAGGAAGAAAUAGUUAAUAUGGAAGAUGCAGUAAAUAUUCAUGAAGUGGAUUCAGAUGGAGAAGUUAUCAAUUUCAACAAUCUCAUUAUCGUUACUUUCGAAUUUAUUAGUAUAUUGGUCGAUCAUGAAAAAUAUGCAAGUUUAAUAAAAAACUUUUUGAGUGAUAUAAUGUACUAUCUUAUUUUAUUCAUGCAAGUAACAGAUGAACAAAUAGAAUUAUGGACUAAUAAUCCACAUUAUUUCAUAGAAGAAGAUGAUCAGUAUAUAACGACAUACAACGUUAGAAUAUCAGCACAAGAACUUCUUACUACACUUUUAUCAUACUCCGAACAAGAUUCAGUGAAUGCUCUUUGUGAUGCAAUUACAAAACAUAUUGAAGUAGCAAAUAAUAUACAAUCUUCAAAUUACAUUAUGAGAAAUGAUGGAAAUAGAUGGAAAAUGUAUGAAGCUUGUAUUGUGACUUUGAGUUCAGCAAAAGAUGCAGUUGCUGAACAACAGCGUGCAGAAAAACUUCAAUUUGAUAUAAUUAGGUUUCUAGAUAGCGUUGUUUUAAGCACAUUGAAUAAUCCUGGAGCUCAUCCUUUACUAUUGGGUAGGUGUUUAUAUAUUGGUGGACGUUAUGCUCAAGAGCUUCCUUAUGAGAUGAAUUUAAAAUUUUUGGAAGCUACUGUCAAUGGGUUGUUGGAAAAUCAACCAAAUUGUAUACGUAUUAGUUCGAUAAAAACAAUAUAUUGGUUUUGCAAAGCUGCUUCUUCGAAAAAUACUACCCUUUUAGAUUUAUUGCGUACUCAGUUAUCAACUAUUUUUCAAGGAUUAUUCACAAUAUCUAAUCAGACCUCUAAAGAAAUUUUAACUCUGAUUUUGGAUACAUUUUCAGUCUUGAUUCCACUGGAUAAAUUAUUUACGGCUUCUGUAGAAAAUAAGCUCUGCUCUCUCACAAUCGCAGCUUUUCUCAAAUUUCAUAGUGAUCCAGAAAUUCUAAAUUUAUGUCAAGAUAUUUUUAAAGAAUUGAGUGAAAAUCCUGGUUGCGUAGGUCCAAUGCAAACUCGUUUAAUUCCUACUUUGAUAAGUAUGAUGAAUAUAACUCCUUCAGAAAAGGCGAAAGACGAAGGAAUUCGCGGUGUAGCAUUAGACGUACUAGAAGUAUUAGUGCAGCAUUCUCCACAUCCAUUAAGUGAUGCUUUGGUCGAAUCUGCUUUUCCAGUUGCUUGUCAGUGCAUCCUAGAUUCGACUGAUAACGACACAUUACAAAAUGGUGGUGAAGUUAUUCGCGCAUAUUUAAAUGCUAGUGCCCAACAAAUUAUAAAUCACCGAGAUAAUGAAGGAAGGACUGGAUUACAGUACAUACUACAAAUUAUAGCACAGUUAUUGAAUCCUCAGUCUAGUGAAUUUACUGCCACAUUUGUUGGAAAACUAGUGACAACUUUAAUACGAAAAGCUGGAAACUCAUUAGGAGAAAAUCUUGACUUGCUUUUAAGGGCUGUUUUAAGUAAAAUGCAACGUACUGAAACUCCAACAGUUAUGCAAAGCCUGUUGAUGAUCUAUGCUCAUCUAGUAAAUUCUGAAUUUGAUGCAGUUUUGAAUUUCCUUUCAACUAUACCUGGCCCAACUGGAGAGAGUGCUUUGGCCUUUGUAUUAGUUGAAUGGGUAAGCAAGCAACAGUUUUUUUAUGGGAGUUAUGAUCGUAAAGUGGCAACUGUAGCACUUUGUAAAAUAUUGGAAUAUGGAGUUACUCACGAUGAUAGUAGAUUGAAUGAAAUAAUUGUUGAGGGUGAUUUGGUUUUCUUAGAAAACCAACCAAGUGGCGUUAAAACUAGAAAAAAAACGCAAUCAUCUCCCAUGCAAUGGACGAAAAUUCCAGUAUUAGUGAAAAUAUUCAAACUUAUUGUAUAUGAGCUGAAUUAUUAUUUGGAAUUGCAUUCUGCAGAUCAAGAAAAUGUGGAAUCUGAUAAUGAAGAAGAUUACGAUGAUAAUUUAGUGAUUGAUCCGGGAACUGAUUUAAAUGCAUUCUUGAUGGAAACAUUCAAUGAUGACAUCGAAGAAGAAAAAGAUCCAGAUAUUAUGCAAGAUUCAAUAUAUCUUUUAAAUCUUGGUCAGUACUUACGCGAUUUUUUGCUGAACUUCUCUUCGCAUCAUGGAUUUCCUUUAUUUGCUCAACAUCUUACUAUAUUAGAAAGGAAAGUUUUGAAUUAUAUAAAUAUAUUUUGAUCAUCUAGCUGUCAAAUUAAUGAUUCUAGAGAUAGAAUCAUGAUAAAAUAACAGAAUUUUAUUAAUGAACUCUUAUUUUUUAAUCGUUGAUUAUUCAUUAUUUACUAAAUAUGUUUCGAUUUCAAUUUCUCGAUGAUCUAUUACGGACUAUAUCCGUUUUCAUAAAGGAAUAAGCCAAGUUAAUCGAGUAUCCAUUGGUUGUGAGCAAAAAAUGAUUUUUAAGUGUAUUACGACAUAAAGUUCCAUUGU